AUGGAGGCUGCAAAGCCAGGCGCAUAUGGCACCUAUUUUGAUGCAGACUUGGUGGCAGCUUUUGCAUCUGUUGAUCACAUAGGAUUUCAGGGGAAGUUAAGGAAAAAGUGGAGUUGUACUGAAAGCUGGCACUUAAUGCAUGGUUUUAAGAAGGCUACCAAGUCUCAGCUUUUGUUCAUGACCUAUUGUGAGCUUAUGAAAAAAGCUACUAUUGCAGUGGCGGCUGAAGUUAAGGCUGACAUUCUACACGGAAUCAAAGCUUGCGAGGGUAAAAGCAUUGUGGAGACGCUCAUUAGAGCAGAGCACCAAACCCCAGUGGACAAUUAUGUGCAGACUUGUUGGCCACGAUUCAAAGUUGAGCGUAAUGAUAGAGAUAGAGCCCGAGAUGUUAAUGGUAACAUUGAGCGGGCUGCAGCGACUGGCCACCCAACUUCCCCGGAAAGCAGAAUCGGACCCUCAACUAAGCGUGUAAGAGAUAAUGCUAGUGACUAUGAACAGCAGCAUGGCUCCAAGUCUCAAAUGCGUCCCAAGGAAACAUUUCACUCAAUCGCGACUGAUAGGGUGAGCAAGAUGGUAAGAAUGCUGGCUGGUCUGCUCUUGGUGCUUUCAGUGAUGCCAGCUCUUGCUGCGGAUCACGUCGUAAAUCUCACGCCCGAGAACUUUAUAAAACUGGUAGGGCAGGAUCGAGGAGCUCUUGUCGAGUUCUUCAUUAACAGUUGUGGAGCUUGUAAGAAGCUUGAACCUGAAUAUGAGAAGGUUGGUUUGGCAUUCAGGAAAGUCAAGAAGACCGUGCUGAUAGCCCAUGUGAAUUGCGAAUACCAUCCUUUAGUGUGUGGGUAUUGUAACAUCAGCAACUACCCAACAAUCGAGUGGUUCCCGAAAGGAUCAAUGACUGCCAAAAUUUAUUCCGGAACUCCAACUAGCAGAGGCCUGAGGAAGUUCCACGGAUCAGAGUUGUUACGUCCUAACAUCCAACCAGUGUAUGCCAUUUGGGAUUGGGGACAACCGGAUGCGGGCUUCUUGACGGCUGGAUCUCAUCCUACGAUCUGCGAAAAUGGAGAGAAUGUUGGCGGUUUUGCUGCUGGCGUUUUUGGAGCUUUUGCUGCAGAAUCUGAUGUCGUUGUGCUUACACCUGACAAUUUUGAGCAAGUAGUACGGCAGGGUCGAGGAGCUCUUGUUGAGUUCUACGCUCCCUGGUGCGGGCACUGUAAGAAGCUAGCUCCUGAGUACGAGAAGGUUGCAACCGCGUUCAAAGGUGAGAAGGGUGUGGUCAUAGCGAAGCUAGAUGCAGAUGCUCACAAGGAUCUGGCGUCCAAAUAUGAUAUUAGUGGCUAUCCCACAGUAAAGUUCUUCCUGAAAUCCAACAAAGAUGGAGAGGAUUGUGAUGGGCGUUCACUAGAGGAACUCGUGGAGUUCCUGAACGAAAAAUGUGGUACUUACCGUGACACAAAAGGCCAUCUUACAGAGAAGGCCGGCAAAGUGGCGAGUAUCGAAAUCAUUGUCGAAGAGUUCGUAGCUGCUUUGCCAGAGAAGCGUGAGGCAGUGGCAAAGCGGAUCGAGGAGGCCAUUGAGAAACUGGAGGGUACUGCCGUGGGAUACGGGAAGAUCUACGCGAAAAUCCCCAAGCAUCACCCCAUUGAAUUUAUCAGAAUUUUUUGGAUUGUUAGCAAAUACACCUUUGCAUUUUACAGGCACUGCCAGGGCCUCCAAAGAAGAAAUAUGCCCCAUUCAUAG